CACAUCCAUAACCUGUACCAUACUGGUUGCUAGUUCAAACAAAUAUGGCCGGAGAGUUUCAGUUCAUCGCGAUACAGGUCAAUGAGCCCGUAAAGGAUAAGGCAACGCGGCGCCGGGCGCGCUCUCACGCGCUCAAAAAAGCACUGGAAAGGAAGCGGAAAGACCAGCAACGGUCUAGGACCAAUUUCAUCUUAACAACCUUUGAAGACCCAAAUCUCAGUCCUGAUUAUAAUGAUCCCGUUGAGACAGCCAAGGCAUGCGUCAUGACUCGAGACAGUCCACCAGCUCCGAUUUUCUCUCUCCUCUCGGAUGCUCUGGAUCCGUUCCAGACCCUUGCCGUGGACUCCUCCAGGCUGCACGCGUUGCUUGGUGAUUACAGGGCAAGGCAAGCCCCCGAGCCGGUCUUCAGCGUGGCCGAGGAACUGGCCUUCCAGAGCUUCCGAUCGGUAUUCCGAACUGGCUUCCAUGACCCCGCUCUAAUCAAUGCCGUGAUGCUUACUCUCGCAUUUGCCGUCACUGGCGGAAGCCUGGAUCAGGAGUGUCUGCGGUACCAGGGUCAGGCGAUCACAUAUAUCCGCCAGCGGAUGGACUCGGAACAUGACGCUGCUUCGGAGGCGGUUAUCGGCGCUAUAUUGCUGAUCGCGGGUGUAGGCGCGCGCCUUGGCCUUAAAGCCCAGGUUGAACUUCACAUGGGCGCAGUGCAGCAGCUUCUAAAGGUCUGCCGAAGAAAGAGCAUCCAUCUGACUCCAGGAAUCCAGCGAGCCAUCUUCUGGCAAGAUCUCAACUCAUCGCUCAUGGUAGGGUCCACACGCAUAGUCAACCACACCACUUUCGCACCCCUCCUCUGGACCCGGGACACCUUCGUGCCGAAUUUCUACCGUCUUCCACCAGGGUUGCAAUCCCGAUCGCAUAUCUUUGGAGAAGAGUUCAGCACAGUCCUCGAAGACCUUCAUGCCCUGCAAUGCAUCCGGGAUAUUCCGCGAUCGUCGCACAUCGACGCAAUGGGCAUGCUCCAUAUCAACAAUCACGUUGCGUCGAUCCAGUCCCGACUCAAGACCCUGUCGGGUUUGAAUCAACUGCAGGAGUGCUGUCGUCUAGCCGCGUACCUGUGCUCUAUGACGCUGUGCUGUAAGAUUUGGUGUGAGUUGGUGCUUCCGUCCCACAUCUCCAAGGAACUCCUUGUGAGCCUGCGGGGGCUGCGUGACGACAUCGAUGCGGCCGUAUGGAACGACGAUCCCAAUGCCGAUCUGCUCGUUUGGCUGCUGUAUAUCGGCGCCGCAUUCGCACCGGCUGAUUCAACCCGCUUUGGGUAUAUGGGCAUGCUCGCCUUCCAUUAUCCUCACUUCUCGUGGCCGAGAUUGCACGAGCGUAUGCGACAAUUUAUCUGGUCCGAUGACGCGUUCUUGGUGCCGGUCAGGGCGCUGUGGCGGGAGGUCUCGCAAUAUCACGUGGGGUGA